AUAGGGUGGAGAAAGCAAUUAAACCAAAAGGGCAACAAUUAAGAGAAUGGUGGCUGAAAAUUUCAUUUGCUCAUCAAGUUGACCAAAAUCCAGUAAGAAGACACGAUUUUGCAGAAAUUUUAAUCAAAUUAAAUGAUAUCUUUAAUGAAUUUUGA